UAUGUCCACCAAACUCAUUAAGAUUCGCAUCUCUUUGGUUGUAUGCCAAAAGAACACCUUUGUUUCGUAAAUUAGCGAAACGCACAUUUUUGGUUGCGGCGUAUGGGGUGCUGGGAGAGUCGGAUACUUGCCUACUUUUAAGUAUUACAUACUGUAGGAACGUGGCUUACUGGAUAUUUUCAUUUCGCUGGGAGUCUGGGAUGAAUCUGUGACGAUUUUUGGUGUGAUCAAAGGAUAAUGCAACUGCAGUUGUGAACACCGUUGUGAUAUCCAUACCACUGACUGUGAGAUCAUGGUGAUAGCGGACACUUCCGGUGGCACUAACCAGAAUGACCAGACCACAACUAUUGUGCCGCGUCCGUCUUCGCGCUCCGGAGGACGAAAUCCGCGGGAGCCGGUUCUGGAGGUGAAACAGAAGACAUCUUCAAAACAUGAAAAGCGUACCCGCCGCGAUUUCUAUCGUUACUCGGGAGACGACAAGAACGCUCCCAUCGAGUACGUGUACACAUACAGCGAGGAGACUCCUCGUGACUCAAACGGUCCCGCCGACACGACUCACACCAACGGAACGACCAGUACGGAAUUAGUGCCGGUUAACGGUAAUGGAGCGGCCGGCAAGAUUGAGUGCACGGUGGGCGAUGAUGGGAAUUUGGUGGUGAAGAUCCGCGGCAAGCCGGAUAAAGUCCCACUGGAUCCCCGCAAUCUGCCGGUGACCCUGCCGGACGGAUGGGAACUGCGGGAGAUUCAAACUAACCAGCGCUCCAGAAGAACUGAGAGAUCGCGAAAGUUGCGCAUAAAAGACGAGCAAGUUAUCGAAGAGCAGCGCAGCGGUGCCAUUACCGUCUUCGAUGACCAAACCGUUGUUGUCAACGGAACAGGCGUCCAUAACGGAACUAGCGGUGUGGAUGAAGAAUAUGAAUACGGCCAUGCCGACGACGAAGAGUACGAGCAGGGACACCGGAACGGUGUUGCAUACGUGUCCAAGAAAACCAAAAAGUUCACACAGGGCGCGGCUGGACUGACCUCCAAAAUGGAAGAGCUGCGCACCGAAGAGGGUGUAAAUGUCGAUCAUCCUGAUCAUCAGCAGCGCUAUUCACGUAAUCUGCGAUCAGUGUCAGAGCGUACGGAGAGUAGUCGGCGGAAGUUCACUAAGCAGAGCGUCACGGAUGAGAAGGUGACAGAAACGCAUAAGAGCCAGGUUAUGUAUUUCGAUGGUGAGACGGCCACUGCGACGACGGCAGCCACAAGUGAGCGUCGCAAUGGCCAUCGUGUUGAUGCGCACUCCAAGUUUUAUGACCACCAUUCAGAUGUGCAGAGGCGAGAUGGAAAUCGGCAGGAGAACGGCAUCAUUGUUGAAUCGCCCGACGACAGUCCCUACAACAGUUUAGACCGGAAACAUCGCACGGAAGACGUGGAAAUCAUCAACGUCGAGGAUAAGUAUCGCUACCAUCCCGACGACAAACCAACCGGCAGUGGCCGGCGUGCCGGGAAGACUACCACCUUUGAGAACCGGCGCGGAUACUAUACGGAACGAGAGCCACCGGAGCCAGAGUAUUACGAUUCCGGUGAGGACAUUCAGACUGAUCAUCGUCAGUUCAAGUGCUCCUACCCGCCGAAUCCCGAUCACUUGAAGGACGGCGAAGGGGCGACCAACGGGGAGACGGAACUGCGGCGGGAUCACAAAGGGAAUCUGGUGGAGAAGGUCGAGAAGGUCACCGAGGAGGAUUAUUAUCGGGUUCAGCCGGGUAAAGGGAGGGUCGAUUCAAGGCAAAGUGACUUUGACUCGGAAUUCACCGAAAGAACUGAGAAACGAAAGGAUUUGCUGGAAGCCCAAUAUCAGAAAUCCCAGCCAGAUCAACGACACGACCGCUUGGACACGACCGAACGGACCGACGUCGCCGAACACUGGUACCAGUCACAACCGGCUCGCAAGGAAAGCGACUACGAUUCCGUUUACAACGAGGAAACACGCCAAGAAACUACAGAUUAUUAUCAAACACCGAAACCGUACCGCACCGAUCGGCCCAACGGAAUCAGACGAGCACAUACGGAAGACAUUGAAAAAACCGUAUCGGAGGAUUAUUACCGCAUCCACCCCGAACUUCACUCGGCGGUCAGCACAGACGAGCGAACCGAGGAAGUCACUCGUGUUGGAACUAAUUUGACCCCGUCUCGUUCAGCUCAAAAAAGCACAACUGAGGAAAAUAUAGAAAAAACUACGGUGGAAGACCGUUACCGCUUUCCACCGACACAAAUAACAACCGAAGAGAAAAGCGCCACAACAGACGUUAAACAAAGUGUGUUCCCCCGGUAUCGUCAGCCGGAAGAAAAAGUCGAGGAGAAUAUCGAGACAACGAACAUUGAGGAGUACUAUCGUGUGGCACCGUCGCAAAGGAAACCGGCGUCGACACGAACUGAUGAAGAGCAGAGCGAGACGCGGACAAUUAUCCAAACUGAUCUGGCUCCCUAUCCAUCGGAACAGAAAAAAGCGUUUCAACAGAAUACAGAGGAAACUAACGUAGAGGAAUAUUAUCGGGUGCGUCCUGUGUCCAAGAAGAGCCACACCACCGAAACACGGGAUGAACGUAUUGAACGAGUCGAUACAGUGAAAAGUCCGUUUAUACCCUCGACUAAACAAAAACGUGAUCAUACGGAGGAAACAAUUGAAAAAUCCAUUACGGAAGAUUAUUAUCGAAUUCUGCCCCGGGUGGACAAUCGUCAAGUUGCGACAGAAACUCGCGAAGAAACAGUGGAAGUGAGGAAUCUGUCCAGUCAGGCUGAAAACCGGAAAGAAGCACGGCAGGCGGUUGUGCCGCGCGAAUCGAUUGUGGAGAACACUGAACGGACGGAUAUCGAAGAAUACCAUCGCGUGCGUGUCCCGCCACGUCCAGUCAGUCAAACCCAAGAAGUGAUUAAGGAAACCGUCGAGGAAAAUUAUUACGAUACACCGCUGCCGUACACCGUGGAAAAGACCAGUCAGACUACUAGGCGGGAAGAUUACAGCACACGCAAUACCAUGGUGGGUACGGAUAUCAAUGUGGAUGCGACAGCGGAUGGAAAGAGUCCGACGCCGUCACAGGAACGGAAGAGCCGGCACGAGCGGGUGACCAUUGAUGACCGGUAUCGUGUGGUGGGGCCACAGGACCACAGUGCGGAUCAACAAACGACGGAGUGGCAAUCUGAGCGGACUACCGUCAAGGAGCGGAUCAUUCCUGUUGGUGUGACCGGUGCGGAUACAACACACGGCCAGAGUUCACGAUCAUCGAGUGUCGAUUUAUCCGAUAUCAAGCCUGGAGAGCAUUUGCUGGAUAAUCGCAUCCUGCGGGACCGUGGUAACUUGGCGCAAGGUGGCAGUAUGGGUUUGCGUCGGCCACCGUCGCGUAAUCCUGUCAAGCAUCAUUUUGGCGAUGAAAACGCACCGGAUGAUGUUUUGAGUACCUCGGAUAUUACAUUGCCGACCAACAUGACACAAUCGCACUUUACCCGCCAGCAGACGCAGACACACGCCAAUAAAACGCGGACGGCUUCCGUUAAACAGCAGCAGAUGACCCGUGACCAGCAAGUGCUGGUGAAUUAUGUUGACACGUCGCGCAAACCGGACUGGGUACACAAUAUUGAUCAACAUUUCUCUGGAGAAACACACCUCCAUUACGUUCGCCCGAGCGCCAAAAGCCCCACUCCGCGCAUCGAGGAGAUCGUAACUGUCCCUAGUGGCAGUACGCUCAUUACCGUUAACGGCGAACAAGAACCCGUCCACGGUAUCGUUACGGAGCCUACGGACAGGCCCUUCCCUGUGGCCGUAACCGACGAGGAGACAUUGGUGCACCAAAGCGACAAAGCUGCUCGUACCGGCUUUACGCGAGUAACCGACACGAAAGGUUACAAGAAAUCGGCGUCUGAGAAAGUGACCUACCAAGAGACUCGCGAGAAUCAACGGCAGAUCACCAUCAGUUACGAUGUGCCCGGUGUCGGUAAAGAGACACGAGAGUACACCUGGCAGGGAGCGCAGCAGCAGCCCUCGGAGAAGAUCACCUUCGAAGAGACCCGCGAAAGGUUACAUGAUGUUUCACUGACACUGGGCAUGGCGCACCAGGCACGUACCACGACGGAGACCACGGUGCGGGAGGAUAAGUUUGUGUUUGAUGAAAUCCGUGAAGCACCGCGACGGGAUGUCUCGGUGAAACUGGCCAUCGACACCCAACAGGAUGUGGUGACAUCCCGUGCCCCGUUGCCUGCGUAUAAGUUCCAUUUUGAAGAGGAAAUCAAGCGCGAGCAUGAUGUGAACUUUGUCAUCGGCUUGCAGCAGGAGCAGGAACGGCACAAGCGGACAGCCGAACGGACGGAGAUCUAUGAGAGAAAAGAAGUGCGAGAAGAUAUUUAUCGUCAGCCAGUUGACAAAAUGAUGUUCCGGGAAGAUCGGGAGAUAACACGGGAUGUUAGUCUCACGUUGGGCAUGCAGCCGCUACCUGUGGCGCAAGCCGAAAAGGUGACUUUCCACGAAGAUCGAGAAGUCACUAGAGAUGUGAGCUUGACACUAGGCAUUGAGCCGCUGCCUCCAGUUGAGCCGAUACCAAUCGAAAAAAUCACCUUUGAAGAAACGCGAGUGGUCCCGGCCGAGUUGCCGGUGGCUGUGACUUUCGGACUGGAGGAGCCGCUGAUUAAAGCUCCUUCACCGCGACCGGUGUCGGUUAUCUCCGAUUCCACGAUUAUCACGCCGGAAAUUGUACCGCGCUAUUCGCGCACCGUGGAGGAUGUGAAAACGACGGAGGAGGUGAGGAGAACAGUGCUGGAGCCGGUUCCGGAAUAUUCUCAGCAUUACGAAGAAGAUACGCGACUGGAGGAACUGCGGGAGAUCAUCACGCCCUCACCGGCACCACUGCGAGAGGAAACAGUUACCACAAGGGUCAGAGAAGACGUGCGUCAAAUCGAGCAAUAUCGAAGACAGCCCAUUGAACCGGUUCCGGAAUAUACGCAACAGUAUGCGGAGGACCUGCGUGUCGAUGAAUACCGGCAAUUCAUCACUCCUUCGCCGGCACCGUUGCGAGAAGAAACCGUCACCCAGGUGCGGGAGGAUGUGCGUGUUAUGCAACAGGUUGUACAACACACUCGACCCAUGCCGGACGAUCACUAUCACUACGAAGAAGAUGUCAGGGUAGAAGAAAUGAAACGAGUCGUUUUGCCACCGCCGCAGCGGCCAAUUUUCACGCGGGAAGAUAUGAGGAGAGUGGAUGUAUUAGAGAGAAUCGUGGAGGUAAGGGAGUCGCCUCCCAAGAUCACCGCCGAUGUGGAAAUUCAGACGCCGACAUUCUUGGAAGCCAAGACUGAGGUGGUACCACCUCUUCCGCGGCGAACAUCACUGACUACUGCUAUAGAUGCCACCGAAGCGCACCACACCGAAGUUGAUUUGGUGCCCAUUCCCAAACGCAUCUACGAGACCACUGUUGAUUAUACUCCACAUGAGAAGCGAGAACGCGUCGAAGAACAUGUCGAAGUGAAAGGGCCUCCACCUGCGAAACUACCGCCCACUUCCGGUCGCGUCGAGAAACACGUUAAUUUGGAGACGAUAGUGCCGGAACCAACUGGACAGCCUCUGCCGCAUUCUCUGGGAACAUAUGGUUAUGUUUAUCAGGCGACUCUGGAUGCGAAAACACCUGAACGAGAAAAAGCCAUUGAUUUCCACAUAAUCGAAACCCCUACGGAAGUCAGGGAAGAACUUGUGGAGAAGAUCGACUGGUAUGUCCGAGAAGGUGCGGUGGUGGAGGAGAUUUCCGAGAGUGAGUCCAGCUUUGGUGAGCCGCGCGCGGUAUCACCUCCGCGCCAUCCGGAAUUGACCGCCAACACCGAAAUCAUUACGCCGACCAGGGUUACGGCGGCGGUGGAGGUGUCACCGCCCAAAGAAGUGCGACCGGUGAAAAAGCCACCCGUGGUGCCGACUCAUGCCGACGUUACACCGCGCUAUUAUUUCGGGGAGGAUGAAGAAGAACGGCUGAGCGUGCAGGAGACGGUGGAGAAAAAGGUUACGAAACCCAAAAAGGAAACCGUUACGACAACGCAGGUCCGGGACGAACACGUACGCAGCCGUGUGGAAGAUAAGAAACGAGUGGAAAGCACUGAGAAGGUCGUCUUGCCACCUCCGCCACCGUUGAAGAAUCAAAUCAGCGAAAUGAUUCGAAAAAUUAUUGCCGAAGCCGUACCAACUCAUCAUACCGAACUCGGUCUGACUGCUGAAGAAGAAGAGCGCUGGAAGUCGAGCUACCAGCGGACACCGCUGCGUCGACCGCAAAGGGCCGAAGCAAAACUACAGUUAAAGAAGCCUCCUAUUCCACCGGUCCGACCGCCUCCAGUCUCUGGUCGUAUUCCAAAGUUAACGGGAAGCGAAAAGGUGACCCCGGAACCGACAGGAAAGCCACUGCCCAAAUCAGUCGCUACCUACGGUUUUCUUUACAUUGCCACACUAGAGCCCAAACUAUUGCCUCCCACUCAGUCGAUUGUGAUUCAAGAAGCAUACGAAACAUCCCAGAUUGUUCGCGAAACGGAAUUGAACUACAUCGAGCUAGAUGUCCAACAAGUCUUGCUUGCCGCCUUUUCCGAAAUCCAGCCGCCUUUAACGAUAACACAACAAGAACAGCUGCUCACUGCAACGGCCGAAGUUUUCCCGCCCUUAACGGAAGGUCAACAGCAGAGCCUCCUGAACGCCAUGGUGGAGAUUGUGCCACCACUGACCCCGCAACAACAAUACCAGUUGCUGACGGGCGCGGAAGAAGUGGUGCCGGCUCUGACACGGGAACAGCAUGUGCAGUUAUCCAUUGCUACUGCGGAAAUUGUACCGACAUUUACCGUUGAACAGCAGCGACAGGUGGUUCGGGCAAGUGUGGAAAUUGUUCCACCGUUGGCGCCGGAGCAACAACGGCAGUUGUUAUCUGCCAUUGCCGAGGUUUUUCCCGCUCAAAGGGCCGUAAAGGAUAUCGAGCUGGAGUUUCCACAACCGCCACAGCCGACCCUUCCCACGCCCUCUUGGCGCAUUCCCCGUAAAACAUGGAGUGGUAAGCUGGAGCUGGCCCCCACCGGUCAGACGUUGCCAAAAGAACUGGGCACCUAUGGAUUCCUGUACGUCACGCACGUACAACCCGCUAAACCAGCUCGCGAACAGCCCGGCCAGCCCAUCGAAGUCACCAUUAAAUCCAUCGACCUGGAUGUCCAGCAAGUGCUAUUGUCGGCUGUUAGUCAUAUCCAGCCAGCUCUUACCAUGGAACAAGAGCAACAGCUAAUUACCACCGCCAGUGAGGUCUUUCCACCGUUGACUGUUACGCAACAGCGACGAUUGCUGGAUGUUCUGACAGAGAUUCGUCCACCCUUAACAGUCAGACAACAGGAGCAGCUAUUUUUGGAUGAGGAGAUCCAUCCGCCGUUGACCCCUGGGCAGCAGCGGCAGUUGAUGAUUGCUAGUGCUGAGAUCAUAACAAUCACGGAACAUCAAGAAAAAAUGCUGCUGAGAGCGUCAACGAGGAUUGUCCCGCCGUUGUCGCCGGAACAGCAGCUGCAACUUCUGAAUAGUCUGGAAGAAUUUUUCCCGCCACCGGAGAGAGUGGAACAGUUAAUACAGUUGGAAGAUGUAGAAAUAGCCCCUCUUCCCCAACCCUCUAAGCGUCCUGUUAAGCAUGUGACGACUGACCACAUCCGCCCAUCCAGCACCCUCCCCAUUCUGCAUCCCACCGGCACAUACGGUUUUCUCUACCUUACGCAUGUUGACCACAAAGCCGAAUCAGCCUUGCGGGGAGAACCGAUCAAUAUCCGCACCAUGGACUCUACCUACAUCGAACUGGACUUCCACCACGUCGUUCGCACAGCUGCUGCUCACGUCCACCCACCUCUUACGCGCGAACAAAUAGAACAGCUGGUUGUGGCCACCGACCUGGUUUUCGAGCCGUUACGAGACGAACAGCAGGAAAGAUUAUUGCGGGCCAUUUCGGAUAUUGUUCCGCCACUGACGGCGCAGCAGCAGGUGGAAAUUCUGAGCGGAAAAGAGGAGAUUACUGAAGCGUUAACGGUAGAACAGGAGAGCCAGCUACUGUUGGCCAGUGCCAGGAUUGUCUCGAUUACGAUCGAGCAGGAGCGGAAGUUAUUAUAUAGCAUGGUCAAUAUUAAACCUGAACUGACAGCUGAACAGAAGGAACAGAUCGUUGAACAUGUUACGGGGUUGUUCCCCUCGCCGGAGAAAGCGGAGCGGAUGAUACGGCUGGAACAACUACGCCGCACCGAAGAAACCACCACCGUUCACCGGCGAAAGCAAACUUCUCGCACCGAAGUCCAUCCUGCUCCAACGGUUCAGCCACCUCUCCCGGCAUUGGGAAUUUACGGUUUCCUCUACACGAGCACCGUAGAUACGACCACGCGGCACUUUUCUGUGGAGAAACUAGACACCUCGACCAUCCAGCUGGACAUCCGGAAAGCCGUCCUAUCCGCCCUAUCGCACAUCCAACCCCCACUCUCCACUCAGCAGACAACCGAACUGUUCACCACCGCAGUGGAGAUUAUCGGUACAUUGAAUGUGACCCAGCAGCGCGACAUACGGCACGCGCUAUCACAUGUUCACCCGCCGCUCAGCAUUUCCCAGAUGCAGCAGUUGUUAACGGGCAGCGAAAUCGUACCGGGACUGACGUGGGAACAGAAGGAAACACUGUUGGUGUCCAGCGCGGAAACCUUUAUUUUGACCAGAGAACAGCGACAGGCGCUUGAAUACGUUGGGGCUAAUGUGCAGCCACGACUGACGGAGUCGCAGCAGAAGCAGUUUAUGUGGGCGAUUACUAUGCUAUUCCCGACGCUGGAGACUGUACAGCAAAUAAUCGAGACGAGUCGUUCGCAAGAAGUCAGCGAAGAUCUUCGCCGGAAGAGACACACCGUCCACACCGGCGUCACUCCGUCUCCCACUUCCCGUCCCCAGCCAUUGGCGCUGGGUAUUUACGGUUACCUUUACACCACUCACGUUGACGCUCAUACCACCCGUCCGUUUCGACUGGAGAUUUUCGACUCUUCCUCCAUUCGUCUGGACAUUCGGAAAGCCGUCAUGUCGGCACUUUCCGAAGUUCACCCGCCCCUGUUACCACAGCAAAUUUCGGAACUCUUUGGUGCAACGGUAGAGACGCUAACGGAACUGAACACCAUCCAACAACGCCAGACACUCAGUGUGCUUUCGCGGAUCGUGCCGGCUCUGACGCCGACGCAACAACAGCAGAUUCUACAUGGCGAGACUGUGGUGCCGCCGCUCACCGCAGAACAGAGGGAAGCAUUGUUGAUAGGAAGCACAGAAGUAUUUGCGGUCACGGGAGAACAAGAAGAUGCACUAGAGUACAUUGCGGCCAAUGUGUAUCCCAGAUUGACCGUUGACCAGCAGAAGCAAUACGUCAGGGCAAUUAGUCUGCUGUUUCCUAAUCUGCAGAAUGCCCGCGAGUUAAUUCAGAUUGAUCGAUCAGUCAAUAACAAGUACACUUCACGAACUGAAACAACUACCUCUACGAUGUCCCAGCAGCCACCGAUUGGACUGUACGGGUUCCUGUAUACUACCCACGUAGAUGCACACUCGUCGCGUCCAUUCAGUCCGGACACAGUUAAUGCAUCCAGUAUUCAACUGGAUAUUCGAAAAGCCGUUCUCUCCGCUUUGUCGGACAUCCAACCGGCAUUAUCCACUAACCAGAUCACCGAAUUGUUCGACGCUACGGUGGAAGUGUUCUCCGAGCUGACCCAGACUCAACAAAAACAAAUCCUUAAUGUUCUUUCAUUAAUUACGCCUGACCUGACCAACAUGCAGAUGCAGCAGAUCCUAGCGGGGAGAAAAGUCUCCCCACCGUUAACAGAGGAACAGCGGGAACUUCUUUUAAUUGCCAGCGCCGAAAUCCUGUCAAUUACGGAAGAGCAAGAACGGACACUGGACUACAUCGCAGCGAAUGCAUACCCGAAAUUAACGCCCUCACAACAGAAGCAGUACAAGCAUGCCAUCAGCAUGCUGUUCCCCACACUGGAAAGAGUAAUGGAAAUUUUGAAGCUGGAUCGGGUCCCAGCACCAUUCACAACCGGGCGACGGACACCUCGAGCUCGUUCCGCCGAUUCAAGACAUCGUCCGGCUACGCCGCAGUUAUCACGCGCCCUGGGUGUGUACGGAUACCUGUACAUGGCCCAUGUGGAUUCCUUGGCGUUGGUCAGUGGUCGCCCUGUUAACAUGACGGAAAUCGACUUUCGCACGAUCGAACUCGAUGCUAAAAAAGCGGUACUCAGUGUACUAGACGAGAUUCAACCGGCGUUGAGUGUCCAACAGGAAGAAGAACUGUUCAACGCGGCUGUCAAGUUGAUACCGGUACUGGAAGAAAGCCAGCAGCAGAAACUGUUAAAGGCGCUAUUCGAAGUGCACCCGCCUCUGUCGCCGCUGCAGCUACAUCAGUUGUUGGGUGGAAAUGAUAUUUCACCGCCUUUGACCAAUCAGCAACAAGAGCAGUUGCUGCGAGCCAGCGCGGGAAUUGUCCCUAUGUCAGUUAGGGAUGAAUUAGAAUUGGUGCAUGUGGUUGAGAAUAUCUAUCCGCCCCUCAGUGUGUCCCAACAGCAGCAGUUUUUGAACGGUAUUAACCGCUUGUUCCCAGCCCCUUCAAAAAUUGCUCAGAUUUUGCAGGAAUUAACAGCCACAGCUUAUCAGCCGAAAGCGCUGGGAACAUUCGGCUUUUUGUACAUAACACAUGUUAAACCAGAUGAGGCCGCUGAAUUCCAGUCUUUGGAUAUCAAUCUCCGGGACGUCGAUAUCACUUCCAUCGAGCUGGAUGUCGAACACGCAAUGUUGGCUGCCUUCGCCGACAUUCAACCGCCGCUGACCCAUAAACAACAGCACCAGCUCCUUAUUGCCAGCCGUGACAUUUUCCCCCGCUUAACCGAGCAACAGCAACGCAGAAUCCUUAAUGUGCUGGUACAGCUUCUGCCGCCGAUGACUGUGCGUCAGCAGCGACAGCUACUAACCGGAAGCGAUCUGAUCAUUCCACCGUUGACCACUCGACAGCAACAACAACUACUGACGGCCAGCUCCGAUAUUUUCACGCUGACAUCCAGGUUGGAGAAGCAGUUAAUCUAUGCUAUGACCCAAGUCAGUCCUCCACUAACAUCGGAACAGCAACGUCAGCUACUUUUCGCACUUCGAGAAAUCUUCCCCGCCUCCAAGAAAUCUCAGACCGAAGCGAUGAUAGAACGUUUCGAGCAGUCUACCCAUGGGUCACGUAUGUCACGCCUAGAAGAGCACGAGACGUACGGCCGCAUCAAUGAACGAGGCAUAUGGGAGCGCACCAGCUCGGAGCAGCGCAAGGAUCGCGUUUACCGUGAUGCCUCCCAGUUUGAUGUGCCCGAUCAUCCUCGGCGUCCUGGUGAUUAUGAAGGACCGCAUCCGGAAUGGCUGGAUGAGACGCGUCACUUACAAGUGGGCACCCAGGGCGAACGCCAUAUCGGGCAUGGGGGGAUUUUAAAGGAGAAGGAUGUGAUACUUCCAGACGAGAAGAAAUGGUUAGCGGAACAACACUUGGCCAUUGACGAAGAGUUCAUGGAUCUAGAAGUGUCGGCCAUCAGUAUGAACGUCAAACCUCGAAUCAAAAGCCAGAUGUACAUGGCCCCCUCCCCACCGACGGCCCGCACAUUCUCGCCGGCCACCGGGGGAUUCCAGUAUUCCGCUAGUCCACAGCAGCCUAGUCCGCCCUUAACCGAGUAUUCGGGGUUUGUCUACGAAGCACAGGUCGACGGACACGGGUCGCCUAUGUCCGCCGAGAUGGGUACAUACGGUUUCACCUACCACGCGACGCUGGACGGCUCGGAGAUUCAUAAGCGACACGACGGCCAUGGUGGCCCGCUGGAAAUGUAUGCGGAGUCACGCAAACGCUCACCACCCGAGAGCGUCAAAACCAUGUCGGCCACACCGCCCUGGUCCACGCCGCCGGUUACACCAACACCGGUAAUGGCCACCCCGGGUGGGUAUUCGCGCGAGACAACCCCGAUGUCAGCGGUGAGGGAACUGCCUGAACCGUCCAGGGAUUCGCCGUGGAAGAAACCCGGCAGUCCGGACAAGUUACGCUCAUCUAUGGAACGCGAUAUUCUCCAAAAUAAACAGUAUCCUGAAAAGAUUUUCACGCUGAAGAAAGAUGAGCGACAGGAAGUCGCUGGGCAGGUGUUAUCCCCAGAGGCGGAAGUGUACGAACGAAUUACUGAAACCACCGCGCGGAUUCGUCAAGAACGAGAAAUUGUAGAAACACAAGGCGGAUCCAUGUUUCGCGAUGUUUCUGGCAGACGCCGAGGGUCGGACGAGAGCGGGGUGUUCAGAGAAUUCGAAGAAGCAGCCAAUGAGUUGGAACGGGAAUUAUCCACACGACCGUUGAGCCGUGAAGCAAGAUAUCGUCCAAUUGGAAUGGAAACGGAAACUACCGUCACCCAAAAAAGCAGUGAGUCGCAGCGCAGCUACUCGGAGGCGUCACAAGAAGGACGGCGUCGUGUCACAUCCGUUGCUGCGCCGCAUCGUACGGUGCCCGCUUACACAGCGGAACCCGAAGACGACAAGCCGGAAUGGGUGCGCAUCGCCGAAGAAAGAAAGAAGUCCACCAUGUACGCCCGAGAUGUGCCUGUGAAACGACAUUUAGGCAAUCUCCCGGAGGAAACACCGCUGGAAGCCGCACUGGAACGUGCCAUCGAAAAGAACAAUCAACGUCGGCGCACCGCAGCCGAUACGUCGCCUUUACGGAAGUGGGAUACGUUACAGCUAUCCGCCGCUGCCCUCGGCCACAGCGAGGAGACGGAAGGAAUGAAGAGUUAUAAGCGGCAUGCAACGGAAACGAAGGAGACCAUUGAAGAGAGCCGUUUCCACAGCGACCAAGCCAUGAAAGAGAGCGGGACGUCGGCCGUUCAGUCUAACCUGGAAGCGUACGCCAGUAUGUCGCAGAGUCUGCCUAGUUUGUCGGGGAGUCGACGAGGGGGAAGUGCAGCUUAUGGGCAGCUGAAGCGGAAGAAUCUGGGUGAUGCGGUUAGUCUAGAAGAGCUGGAAAAAACCAGCCGGACAUUACGACGGACGGAUGGAGCGGAAGAAGAAACCAGAGAUACAUCGUUUGCGAGGCGUGGAGAUGCUGUUUCGCCGGAAACGAAACGCACGAAGCGCACUGUCGUUCGGAAACUGAUUGAUGGUCAGUGGAGGGAGGUUGCCGUUAGAGAGGAAGACAUCCCUGUGGAGGGUGACAUUCUAAUGCAGAUCGAAGAUUCACCCGAUAAAAUCCUCGAGAAAUUCAAAGGUCGCGCGGAUGAUGACACGUGGAGCCUGUCGGAUGCAAUUAUUGAGGAAACCACGACAACGAGAACUGUACGAAGAGUGGAAGAAGAAGAAGAGGAUAUCGUAUCGUUAGCCGAUAGCGAACGUUCUGCGCUGCAAUAGUCGUAAAAGUUAUUUUGAUAACGAACAGACUGACGCUUAACAAUUUCGAUUAAUCCGUUCUGCGUUGCUCCUACGGCUUGUGCUUUUUAUCCCAGAUUGUGACAUUUGUGCCAAAGCGAAUGCUAAAUUUUUGUUGCUGUCUCGUAACCAGCCAGAUUAAUAAAGAUGCACAGAA